GGCACCGAGUCAACUGGCGGAACAGCGGGCAUCGAGUCAACUGGCGGAACUGCGGGCACCGAGUCGUCUGGCAAGACUGCGGGCACCGAGUCAUCUGGCAAGACUGCGGGCACCGAGUCAUCUGGCAAGACUGCGGGCACCGAGUCAACUGGUGGAACAGCGGGCAUCGAGUCAACUGACGGAACUGCGGGCACCGAGUCGUCUGGCAAGACUGCGGGCACCGAGUCAUCUGGCAAGACUGCGGGCACCGAGUCACCAGUAGAGGCUUCAGGCUGAGUAGAGGCUUCAGGCUGA